CAUCCAGGAUUGGAGGGGCACAAGUUUGGACAAGCCUCUCUGAAGGGUACUAGUAGUACAGGACAAAGCGCAAGAUCUUUUUGUCAGCUAUGGUGCUUGCAUUGCAUAUAAAGGCUGUGGCGAGAUGGAGUCCAUUAUAUUUUAAGACAACAACAAGGCAGGCGGCCGCGUUGCAUCCGAACAAGAGGCAAACACCGAUCACUCGAAAGGAUCAAGAACCAUUGGCGUUGUCGUCGUUCUCGGUGCCCAAGAAACCAACCUCUGGUUCGUCCAAAAGAAGGGAUCCAUGGAGAUGCCGCCGGGGAGCGUCCGUGGAUCCUUGGGCAUAGAGGAAGAGUACAGGAGCACUCUGCCAAGGCAACCUGAUGCAGAAAUGGAGGAGCGCACUACUCACCAACAGGACCUCGUCUCUCCAGUCCUUCACGGGGGGAGAACAUCCGCAUGGGUUCAGCUCGCCAUGGCGGACUACUUCGACGCCAGCGCCGAGGCCUCGGAGAUGUGCAGGCAGCUGCUCAGGAACAUCAAGAGCACCCAGAGCAACUACCGAUCCAUGGACACCUUCCUUUCGAGCAUGGCAGCAGACGACGCCACCACGGCCGGCGAGCCCGUCGCCAGAAUCAACCCUUUCCGCACCACGACGAGAGGCAGCUUCAGGCAGAUCCACGACAGGUACUCCGGCGUGCUCCAGAGCAUCCGAGCAGGCCACAGGCGAGUGGCGAGGGAGCUGAAGGUGCUCAGGGCCGUCAGGAGGCUCUCGAGGACGUGCCUCGUCGUGGCCUGCAGCGCGGCCGCGGCGGCCGCCAUCGGCGCGGCGGCGCACCUGCUGCUCUUCGGCCUGCUCAUCGGGCCGGCGGCAGCCGCAGCCGGGGGCCUCUACCCGAUGGCACUCAAGAGGCGGACCGCGGCGGCGAGGAAGCAGUCGUCCAGCAGGAGCAGGACCAUGUCGUCCCUGCUCCGCCUGCAGGAGCAGCUCGACACCGCGGCCAAGGGCACGUACGUCCUCGGGAGGGACCUCGACACGGUGAGCCACCUCGUGGCGCGCCUCUCCGACGGCAUCGAGCGGGAGAACGACAUGGCGUGGCGGUGCGUCGGGAGGGCGGGCGAGACGUGGCCGCCGGCGGCGCUGCAGGAGGUGGUUGGCGAGCUGAGGAGGAGCUGCUCGGUGUCCUCGAGGCUCGCCGAGGAGCUGCAGGACCACGUGUGCCUGUGCCUCGCCACCAUACAGAAAGCUAGAGUUUUGCUGAUCCAGGAGAUCAAUCAGCCUGCCAUUGAACGUGAAUCGCGAGCUAGUAUGUGGUAUCCCUUCUAAUGUACGUAGCCAGAAAAAAUGUUUUAGGAAUCAUCACAGGAUAUGCUUAACUUAUUAUUAAUAAAAGUUUAAUUCAAGCAAA